AUGCCGCCUAAACUCGAAGUUACGGCACUCGAGACGAAGAUAACGCAACUAAAACGAGCGAUUGGGAAGACCGAAACUAUAGUAAACAAUGGAAAAGAACAAGCAAUCGUUAGACAUGUGGAUACUAUUAAAGAAACUCUGUCCGAAAUAAAUAAAUUGAGACGGGAAAUCGAAGCGACAAAAAUUUCCGAGGGUGUAAACGACGACGAAAUUGACGAAUGGAAUAGCGAAAUCGAAAGCGUAAUGGAAAGCGGUGACGAAGCGAUUGAAAAGUUGCAAGAAUGGCUUAAAACAAAGGAAUUCAGGUUAGAAGAGAUUCAACACGAGCAAAAAGCUGAACGGGAAAAACAAGAGCAGGAAAAACGAAUCGAAUUUGAGCUUAAAUUACACGAGGCGAAAAUUAAAAUGCAAGCGGAAGCGGAAGUGUCUGUUAAACCAACAUCCGGGAAGGAAGAGGACGAAGUCAGCAAAUUACAAGCGAAAUUGCCUAAGCUUCAAAUUUCGGAAUUCAACGCAAGUUACAAAGAUUGGCCAAGAUUUUGGAACUUGUACUCGGAAACUAUUCAUAAAUCAAGUAUACCGGCUGUGAGUAAAUUUUCUUACUUAAAGGAAUUAUUGUGCGAGAAAGCAAGAAAGACAAUCGAAGCCUUGCCCCAUACCGCAGAGGGCUAUAACCGAGCUACUGCCAUAUUGAAAGACCGAUUCGGGAAGGAAUGUGAAAUAGUCAAAUGCUUUGUCAAGGAAAUUAUGGAAUUGCCCCAUAUACCGACUGCAAAUGUGAAGAAAAUCCAUGAGUUUCAUGAUAAAUUGGCAUAUUGUGUGCAGUUACUCGAAACAUUGAAGAAGCUAGACGCAGUGAAUGGCACUGUUUCCAUGACCUUGGAAAAGCUACCUGCGAUUAGGGGAGAUCUUGCCCGUAACGAUACUAAAUGGGAAGAUUGGACAUACAUUCAAUUAACUGAAGCUUUGCAAUUCUGGACCAGGAGGAAUCCACUUGACAGCCCCAAGCAUGAUGACACGCAAAAGAAACGAGAACAGCCCCGAGGAUGUUUUCACACCCAGCAGAAAGGUGGUGCUCAACCUGGAACCCGAAAGGCUUGUGUGUAUUGUGACAAAGAAGAGCAUCGGUCGUCGGAAUACAAAUCGGUCACAACUGUUGGAGAACGCAGAAAAAUCCUGGCGAGAAAGAAGCUUUGUUUCAAUUGCACCGGUCCAUCUCAUCGAGCAUCAGAUUGCAGAA